AUGGCAAGAGAAAUGGUAGAACAAUUAGAAUUCGGAAGAGAAACAAUCUCUUACAUCGUUGAAACUACUAUUAACAACCUUCCGGAUGAAUCCAUUGCAACUGUAAUUUCAUUCACCACCCCUCGUGAUGCUUGUCAUAUCGCGACGCUCUCUACGACCUUUAACAAUGUUGUUGGUAAUUCCGACAUUGUCUGGGAUCGUUUUCUGCCGCCCAAUUAUCGUGAAAUUGUCUUACGGGCAUCCAACGUUGAUCAUGUGCAUUUGUUGGAUACUCUCUCAAAGAAGGACCUCUAUAUGUAUCUCGCUGAUAAUUCUCUUCUCCUUGACCAAGGAUUGAUGAAAUUUUCGCUGGAAAAAUCAACUGGCAAAAUGUGUUGCACACUUUUGGCAAGGAAGCUAGGCAUAACAUGGGGUGAAAGACCAAGUUACUGGCAUUUGCUUGUGCGGCAUGUGAUUCCUAGAUUGAGGUUUGAAAUAAAAGGUGGGAUCACAACGUCGAUGCUAUCUCCAAACACCAGGUAUGCUGCAUACCUUGUGUUUGAUGUUACAAAUCGUAGCAUAUGGGAUAUCUAUGAUUUUCCCAUAGAGGUUACUAUUGAAACUUCAGGAGGCGAAGUGGUGACCGGGAUGGCCUGUUUAGACCCAUGUCGUCGUGAAGGUGGUGAGGGGCCAGAAGGGAAUAAUGUUAAGCUUUCGAAGAAGAGGAUAGAUGGGUGGGUUGAGGUUGAAAUUGGGGAGUUUUAUACUAGGGAAGAAGAUGAACAAGUGACAUUUUCGCUAAUGGAGAUUGAGAAUGGGUUUGCUAAAGGUAGUUUAGUUGUUCAAGGAAUUGAGAUUAGGCCAAAAAUCGAGUAA